CUCGAAUACUCGGAAGAGAUCAUUUUCUCAUGGAAAAGUUAAAAUUCUUCAGACAGCCUGUCAGCACAUAGUAUUUAAUAUAGCGACGUGUUAUUUUUUGCUAAAACUCCAUUUUGAUACGCAUAUGAUACAUAAAAUUAAUGUUUGAUUGAUUACAAACACACUUUCGGAGUGCAAAUUUGCCAUGUUCUUAGUCUGGAUAUGGACUGGAUAAAUUGUUGAUAAACCAAACUGGACCUGAGAGUUUGAUACCAAAGCCUAAUCAAUAUUCCUAGUAGAUGUGGAUUUUUUGUUCUUGAUCCAUGGAUGAGUCCAUCUACUCAUGUAAUGACAAUUAUGGGCAUAGCAUACCACACUGAGAACUGUUUUUCUGGAAAAUUUUCAUUACCCGAAAUAAAUUAAUGUUUUAAUUGUUCUAAGUAACUGAAUUAUUCGGAUUAAUUAGACUGAAUAUUCGGGAAGAAGUUUGAUUCUAACUAGCAAACCAGAAAAAUAUAAUGUGGAUUUGGUUCCAAAAAAUAAACAACACAGAUAGGCUUCUUUUAAUAUACUUGACAAAUACGUGAAAAUGCAGCAAGAGGAGGCAGUGCACAAAGGAUUUUUGCUAUUACCACCUGUUGGAAAGCUUUUGAAGAAAUCUUGGCAGCAUAAAUAUUGCCUCCUUUUCAAAGCCAGUAGAUUUGGAAUCGAUAGACUGGAGAUCUAUGAUGCUGCAGAGUCAAAGGAUUGUAAAAUCAUAACCUUAGAGAACUGUGUUAAAAUACACGCUAAAACUCCAACUACGUUUUGUGUAACUACCAAGACUGCCACACACGAAUUCGGGACUACGACAGAGCAAAACCUAAGUGAAUGGUUGAGUGCCAUACAGUCAGUCGCUUUUCCUGAUGAUGUAUCUCAAAUGUCAUGCCUCGAAGAAGAUAAUGACUUAUACUGUUCUUCAGGUGAAGGGGUGUUUAACGUGAGGCUGCACCCCUCGCCUGCUUCACAACGAUGUGGUUUAGAAAGUAAUAAGAACUAUACUUUACUUCUAACACCAACUGCCAUACAACUGAGAAAUAUAGUAGAUGAUAGAUUAUUGUACACAUGGCCUUACUGUUAUAUUAGGCGAUAUGGGUAUAAAAAUGGAAGGUUUACUUUUGAGGCUGGGAGAAAAUGUGAGUCUGGAGAAGGAGCAUUCUUCUUGGAGCAUCCGAGACAGCAAGAAAUAUUUAGGAAUCUGGCGACGAAGAUGAAAUCAAUGAAGUCACUCAUCGCAGGUCAAUCUACGCCCUCACUCCUGGAUUCAACUGAUCAGCUACAGGCUGCGCUGACGAUGGAAGCCAGGUCAAGAACGCCGCUGCCUCCAUCAUCAACUAGUCAGUCUUUAGAAACGCUUAGUAAAUCACAAAUGUCGAUUUGCUCUUUUAGUCAAUCACAACCAUCGAUUUUGGAAAUAGACAAACCUACGCCAUUGCCUCUGAAACCACCUAGGAAAUCUCUUCCUCCCAAACCCGGUCAAGCUGAACCUCCAUAUGAGAUAGUUGGCCGCAAACCCUCCCCCGCCAGGCAACAUUCUACUGAACCCUCGCCCGCCAAGCAACAUUCUACUGAAUCAGAAAUUAUUACAACAGACCUAGAUGAUGAGUACAUGUCUUGGGGUGAAGUGAGGCGUGAACUGGAUAAAAUGAAAUCAGUUAGGCUGGAUUUCAAGAUAGACAGCAAUGUUUCGCCUACAACUGAACAGAUCUCUGAACCGGCUCCACAGACCUCCAAGGAAGUGACGGGAGAAUAUAGCAAGUUGAAUUUCUUUGGAACUUUUAGCAAAGUAAUAUCUUCUCGGUACAAACAGGUCUUCAUUCCAUCAUCACCAGCAACUAGCGAUACGCCUACAGCCAAUUUCUAUGAUGAAGUAGAAGUCAAUGACACUAAAGUGAUAUCAGUGGAAUCGAAAGAAGCUGCUCCCAAAAUGAAGUUUGAGGAAAGGAAGGAGGAGGUUAGUUUUCACCCAUUACGUAAUAGAGACGAUUACACGUUGAUAAGUAAACCAAAACAUGUCUAGUCAUGGAGGUGUGUCACUAAUAUUUGUAUAGAGAAUUUUCACUUAAGGGUACAUGCAGAUCAGCCACAUGAUAAAUGCUAAUAACUAGGCGGAAAUGUUUUGAGCAACAUGACAUACAGUUUGGAUUGUCAGACGGGAAAUUUGUUUGAACAUAUUGCAGCAACCUAGUCUAAUCAGGCUAUCAUAUCAGUUUAGCGAAUGCCAUAGACUGAAACUCUUUAAUAAAUUUUGCUUUUUUAAAAUUAUGAAUUUACUUGUAAGUAUUCAGUAAUAAAGUAACUUUGCUUAAACAUUCAACUGGUUGUUGCUCAUUUAAAUAUAUGCCUUGGACUAGAUAUGUGAACUUUAAAACCAUAAUGACUAACUGAGAUAGAGUUUUGAGCCACAUGAGAAUGAAAUUGGUUGCCAUUGUCUAGAUGAUAGGGUAUUCAUAAUCUGAACUUUAAUAUGUGUGGAAUUAUUUCACUAUAAUCAGCUCAAAAAAGAUAUUGCUACAUAUGUUGGUAAGUAUACUUAAAAAUAACAAAAUAAAUCUUAUCUCCAAAAAGUGUUUGUCAAGGAGUAGAAACAUUGUAUGAAACUCGUCAUUUUAAUAGGGGUGGGAAUUUGUUGUUGCAGAUAUACGAAUAUAUAGAUCCAUCCAUCCUUUUUUUAUACCGAAGCAGCCGCGCAGGCCAAGAAGUCUAAAGCCGGGACACCGCGACUGCUAUGAAGAUCCUAAAGAAAUUUUGUUAAUUCGGUUUUAGUGAACUGUCUGAGGAUAGUAGAACUGGGAAAAGCUGCCUCUUGUUCCACAAUCUCGAUACCCUCGGGAUAAAGGAGCGGUCGUAUCGGCCAUUUCUGGAUGUACGAAGUUCGACAUGGUUAGGAUGGGAGGCCAAAGUGGGUCAGGUGGGUCUAUCUGGCAGGCACAUCGCGUGGUGGCAUUAUGGAAGAGAGCUCUGUUGAGUCGGACAGCCCUCCUCUGGACAGCAUCGAGCAUAAAUAAUGUAGUCGGGGCGGCAGCACCCCAAACGUGUGAGCAAUACUCGAGGCUAUGCCUUAUCUGGUUAGAGUGAGAAGGUCAUGCGGAGAAAAGUACUUCUUAACCCUAAACAAAUAGCCUAGCUUUUUCCUUGCAGCUGCCGCUAUUGACGAGAUGUGUUCGUGCCAGAUCAAGUCCUCAGUGAUCUGGACCCCAACCAGCCGAAAUGAACGGCUCUUUUGCAGAACUCGGACAUCCAUCGAAACCGGAUGAGCGCUAGGACGCUUUUUGUUCGUCACGGUACAGUACUGUGUGUUGGAACCAUUAAACUGUACAAGAUUGUUGCGUCCCCAAGCAGUGAUAACGUCCAGGUCUCUAGUCAGAGAGGAAGUCGUCGCUAGUCUUCUUUUUUCCAGCUCAGCACCAGAGAUCGGUUUGUCACUCUGAAUUCCUGCAUGUAGAGUGCUGUUAUCAGCGAAGCUGUGGAUUGGGUAAAAGUAGAUUAAAGGUUUACUUGGUUUGACCAAUCAACAAAGCACAGCUUAUUCGGUGCGGGUUACGUCAUUUAGAAUCCUGACGUUACCUGUUUUGCUUUUCAGAAUCUUUCAAGAUAUUAUAGGCGUCUUCAUUUGAUACGAAUUAUUCCAAGCAUAUCAAGUUCUUGCAGCACUGCUUACAGGUACUGAUGACAAACAACCAAACACCAAAAAACAUGACACUGCCAUUGUGACACUGGUUCAUACAAGUUGCUCAAUGUCUAUCUUAAAAUCUACGUGUUCAACUUGACUAGAAAAAAAUAAAUUGUAAUUACAUAUUGCUUGUUAGCAAAAUGGUAUUUUGCAGGGCUAUGAAUCUCAUUUCAUCUCAUCUUCACCACCACACCUCCAUUGAGGUCAUUAAAUAAUAAUUUUUUUCUGGGAACUUGGCAAUGCUGCAUGGAUUCAUUCCCAGUCCUCUGCCAUCGGUUUGACGAAUGGCGCUGUUCUUAUUGUACCAAUUGAAAGGACAAGGUCAAUGAUGGCAACCGGCAAACUUGAAAGUCGUGAAGUUUGCAUACCUUCGCUUUGCAUAUACCGUACUAAUGAUUCCAAAUGAGACGUCUGCUCAAGAUCGAAACACAAUUUAUUUUACCUGCACCUUCCCGUAUUAGAGGAGCAUUUAUGUUUGCGUUUGGUUCCGAUUGAUACAAAUUCCUCAAAUUUUUAUAUGUUAAAAGUAUUGUAGAAGAAAGAGUUUAGAUUCGACAGUCAAGACGAUUAAAAUUAGAGAGAGGUGGACUGAUCAUACCAGUUAAAAGAGAGAAAAUAAUAUUUAACCACAUGUUGCUAUUAUUAGGCGAUACACGUUUUUUUAAUGUAGUUUUGUUAAGUCUUACAUUCCUUCGUGGCGAAGAUUUUUAUCAUUCUUUUGCAGUCUACCAAAUAUUUGUCAUUCUAACUGAAAGUUGAAUGUUUGAGAAUAUGCAAGUAUAUGAGUCACAUGAAUCACCAGGAGUUCCAGUGAUUCAUUCUCACUCAUCUCAGUGGAUCCCAGAUAUUCUAAUAAUCUUCAUGGGAUCUUACAAUUCAGGCAUUUAUAUUUUGGCAAAUAGAAAAUAAUAUCGUCAUUAUGCGUGUUGAGUUAAUCGCGUGACUAUAUGUUUGUAUUUUCUAGUAGUGUGCAACAUAUUUUGGACGAAUGAAUGUAGUAAAUAUGUAACAAUAAUUCAUAUUUUGUUACUUCAUUCAGCUCAUUAUAAAGAUACCAGAUUCGAAGUACUUCCUGCAACUUGAUUCGUUCAAAGAUGGUUCUGUUUUUAUUUUGCAAAAGUGACAAACGGUACCGCUGGCCCAUAUUUUGGAAGGACAAAGUCAAAAAAGGCGACUAGCAAACAUUAAAUACCUUCCACGCGGUGCUCUUUUUUGCUUACCCUACUUUUGGCAUUGUAUUGAUACAUGUUUCUGCCAGAGUACCUCCGACUGAUGCGAUAGCUCUGACUCAAAUAUCUAGUGACUAUUCUUUGAUCCAUCCAUAAAAAAAUUGAAACUCGGGCAAAACUUCUUACCAACCAAAAAUGCCUAUGCAAUUUUUACAGGCAUAUCUUGUGUGGCGCAGGUUAAAAAUCCGCGGUCAGAGGAGCGUGGCCUCCCCUUCUGAAUCAGGCUGAGUUAUUUAGCUUAACGUGGCUGAGCUGUAAUGAUUGCCCUAUAAUUUUGCUCAAAUCGUUGUUUGAUAUGGCGAUGGUGCUACACAGAUGUGAUUACUAAAAACGAUUUAAAUAUUUUAAAUUUUUUUUAUACUGUUGUGUAAAAUAUCUCCAGUCUAGAUUGAUGAAUAGGUGUGCAAAUAUGUUGUAGUAUUACCACAAGUAUUAACGAACCAGGGACUUUAUCAUUAUUUAACACUGAUGAAAUUCUUUCACACGAGAAAGAUCACAUCACCGAUUUCCAAAAAAUCUUGUUGAGCAGCCGAUAAUGUUUGCGAUAAAGAUUCAAUGGACUAUGGGCAUCUUGGUAUCCAGGCUUAUAAUUCGUUUACGCUAAAAUUUCACUAAACCAAAGCAUACUUUAAUUUUUUAUUGAUUACUUUUACGUAGGGGAUAGUACAAGAGAUAAUGAAAGAUAGCACAAAGUGCUAUCUAUUACCAGAAUCGACCACUGAGAAAGUGAAAACGAAAAGUUGUCAUUUGGAGCUGUAUGCUAGAAGACCGUAAUUACUAUAGCGCCAGAAUCGGCGGCAUCUACCAGUCGCGGUGGUUACCCGCACGGGUGUUACGUAUCUUGAAAAGUGACAUUGUUGAUUUUUUUGUCAUUGUAUUAGUUUUUUGUAACAUUAUGUAGGUUUUUCUACACGAUGUUAACUUAACACUAGCUGAUUGACACUUUGUGAACUCGUUUUGUAGUUGUACGUGUUGCGUAAACGACCUUCGGUUAUCAAUGUCUGGCUCUGAUGUGAUGUAAAAUCUGCUUCAAAGAUGGCAUUAUUGGAGAUCUAACCAGGAUUUGUGUGCUAAUAAUAUGUGUUGAUGAUACUUCUAUUGCAUUCUUGUCUCAAAUACACUUACUUGAGAUUCAAAGCUAGAAAUUAGUUGCGUAUCCACUUUUUCUUAUCCAUUCUGGAAAUAGCAUAUGCAAAUUUGCUGAAUUUAAAAAAUGAGAGAGAUAAGAAAUAAUUGUACACCCUGUACACUGUCGAAUUACAAGUUAUACACAUGCUAACAGUAAUUACACACAUCGCGGGUGCGGUGGUGAUUUCCCGUAAUUCUUCUCGAAGUUUUUGAAAACACAAAAAACAUAAAAAAUGGUAAAUUAUAACAUAACCUGUCUUCAGAAAGGACAACAUAUAAAUAACCCGUCGGGCACAGUUAAUAGAUAUACUUCAUUAGCAGCAUAUUCAGUAAUGAUUUUCUCACAGCAAAUAUCACUGAUUUUAUACACAUAUGCAGACCAAUACACAUAAUCGUCCGGAUGUGAUCUUGCUAUUUAACCAACUUUCUUCUAUAAUGAAGACUACAGACUACUCGGAUUCACAAAACAUAUGCAACCGACAAUGCGUGUAGUUGGGCCAUUUCUCCAUAGAAGGACGCUCACAACGAUCCUAGUGAGCAAACGUGAAAUGACUGCACCCUAAAAACUAGCUAAACUGCAAGAUGACAUUUUAUCGUUUUUUUACGUUUUAUUGGUUUUAUACAUAAUACCCGUGCCGGCUGGUAUUGCGAACUGGCAUACAGUUCCAACUGACAGCUUGCUGUUUUCACUUUCUUGAUGGUCUAUUCUGGGACCACUUUGCACUGUCUUAUCUCGAUAGACCUUAUACUCUCAAAAGAGUAGUUGCUCAGUUUUCGUUUGUUGACCUUCGAGACCAAGCCUGCAUCUUGCUGAAAAGUUGUAAAAUAUCACAGCUGUCCAUGGUUAGCAGUCUGUGGUUUCACACAUGAAAGCUGUAUUACUAGUUUGUCCAAAAGAUAAAUCAGCCCAUUAUUGAAUGAGCCAGCUUGUCAAGAGAUGAGAAAUUUUAUUCUCUAAUAUAUUUCAAUUUCCUGAUCAUAAUAUGUAGGCGGAAAGUACUCAUAGGCUUCCGGUUCAAAACCGAAUAUUGUCAGUCGUAUUUAAAUCAUUUUCAUAGAUAAUAGAUUUCUAAAAGCUCAUAUUGUUUCGAGUCUCCCUAUUUCAAGAAUCGUCCGGUGAUGUGAUCGAUGUGUGAUCGUUCUAUUCCCUCGAACUCAAGUUAAUUCGGCCGGUAAUCAUAACUCUACUGUCACAGCCAAGUAACUUUAUCAGUCUAUCGUUUUCUCGUGACAUCACUCGUUGACAAAAUUCCCCAGAGAAGGGUGACAAACGUUCAGUUUUAUAAGGCGCUUUAGUACGUAAUUUAUGAUUAGUUUCAAUAGGUUGUUAUUAUA